AUGAAGUGGGUUGUAGCUAUCGGUUUCAUCAGCCUCGUCGCGGUGUACGCCAGAGAGCUAGAUGAUGAUUCGAAGGAUCUUGUAGCAGCUGCCAGUGGCAAGGGACAUCAUCAUGAAGAAGGAGGUGGCAAGGAGCACCAUGCCCAUCACCACCAUGAACACGGGGAAAAGGGACACAAAGGGCACAAAGGGGAUCAUCAUCACCACAAGGGAGAGCAUGGUGAUCAUGGCAAACAUCACCAUGCUGGACAUCACCAUGAACAUGGUGGUGGACAUAAAAAGCAUUGGGAUAAACAUGAUCAUCACGGCCAUCAUCACAAACAUGGGCAUCAUCACAAAGGCGCUAAACACGGUCACCAUGAACAUCAUGAUAAGGGAGAUAAAACUGAUGGAUACCACAAGAAAUACCACAAAGAUACAUCCCACAAGGACCAUCAUUUCUAUGACGAUCAUCACGACGAAGGCAAGCACCAUAAGCAUGGGAAACAUCAUGGUCAUCAUGAAAAGCAUGGCGGUGAGCACAAAAAGGGUGGUCACCAUAAGCACGGUCAUCACGAAGAACACUAUGGGAAAAAAGGUCACCAUGAUAAGCAUCAUUAUGAUGAGGAUCAUCAUGGUCAUAAGGGCCAUCACGGUCAUGAGGAGCAUCAUCAUCAUCAUCAUGACCAUGGUAAGAAGGGUGGCCACGAAGACCAUAAGCACUGGGGCUUCCACCAUGGAAAACAUUAA